CAUUUUUAUUUUAUGUGCAGUUAAGUACAGGAAUUCUGAAGUGACCUACAAAUAACAGAAAAUAUACAUAUAUUUCGGCAGUUCUGUUUAUUCGUGGUAAAUGUUAUCGUGUUAGAUAUAUAAAGGUAAUAUAAACAGUUAACGAAACAGGAAUACCUUGACAACUGGAGCUAUGAGGGUGCUAAGGUACAGAAGAGGAGCAAUCGUCAAGCUUGGAAUUGUCACUUUGAUCGCUCUUAUCAUUGUUCCAUUUUUCUUCCUGAAACUUGAUGGCAGCAAAGACACAAAAUCGAAGAGAGAUAAGCUCGCCAAGGACUCUCAUCACGGCCAGAAAGUCCCUAAAGCCCCAGAUGCUGCUGAUGGACCGGGAGAUGAGGUUGGGGCUGGGGAAGUUCCUAAAAAUGUUGUAGACAACCCGGUUGAGUCUAAUAAUGCACAAGAGGAAGUACAGGUGGAGGUGGCUCACAAAUUUGGCCCCUCACAACGCCUCACUCCUGGCCAGUUAGGCAACUUUGAGCCAAGAAACUACCCCUCAAGGAAUGGACCAGGUGAGAAUGGCCAGGCAGUGUACACCAAGAUGGAGGAGAGGACUCGAGCAGACGCCUCCACCAGGGAGUUUGGCUUCAACAUGGUCAACAGUGAUAAGAUAGCCAUGGACAGAACCAUACCAGACACCAGACUUGAUGAGUGUAAGUACUGGCAGUAUCCAGAGGACCUACCUACUGCCAGUGUAAUCUUAGUGUUUCACAAUGAAGGCUGGUCUACUCUCAUGAGGACAGUACACAGCAUCAUCAACAUGUCUCCCGCUCACCUUCUGAAAGAGGUUGUCAUGGUAGAUGAUUACAGUUCCAAAGAUCACCUAAAAGGGAGGCUGGAGGAGUACAUUAAACAGUUCAAUGGUAAGGUAAAGCUGUACAGGAAUACAGAACGUCUUGGACUGAUUGGUACGAGGACUCGAGGAGCUGAAUUAUCCACUGGUGAAGUCAUUGUCUUCUUGGAUGCCCAUUGUGAAUGUAACAAGAAUUGGUUACCUCCCCUUCUAGCACGGAUUCGCUAUGACAGAACCAUCAUGGCCGUGCCCAUUGUAGAUGGUAUUGACUGGGACAACUUCCGCUACCACCCAGUAUACGGAGAAGCUCACCACCGGGGAAUCUUUGAAUGGGGCUUCCUGUACAAAGAGAGUACAGUACCUAAAAAAGAACUUAGUCGGCGACAACAUAACAGUGAACCAUACAGGUCACCAACCCAUGCUGGAGGACUUUUUGCCAUGGACAGAAAGUAUUUUUUUGAAAUGGGAGCUUAUGAUGAAGGUUUAAAGAUAUGGGGCGGUGAAAAUUUCGAACUCUCAUUUAAGCUGUGGCAGUGUGGAGGUAGUAUAGAAUGGGUACCUUGUUCCCGUGUCGGCCAUGUAUACAGAAAUCACAUGCCAUAUGGCUUUGGAAAGCUAGACGUUAAAAUACCUGUCAUAUCAUUGAACUAUAUGCGUGUGGUGGAAGUUUGGCUUGAUGACGAACACAAGGAGUUUUUCUACACCAGGGAGCCCAGUGUUCGUGGUUACCCUGUAGGAGACAUUAGUAAACAACUCAAAUUUAAAAAGGAUCACAAUUGUAAAAGUUUCAAAUGGUUCAUGGAGGAGGUAGCCUAUGAGGUUUAUGACAGAUUUCCUAAACUUCCUCCAAACAAGGCCUGGGGUGAGGUGAAGGAGAAGCAUGGAAUGCGUUGCCUAGAUACGAUGGGACAGCAAGUUGGCGGUGGUGCUAUGGGUAUCAGCGGAUGUCAUCACUUCGGUGGUAACCAGAUGUUCCGAAUAAACACCAAGGGCCAGAUGGGAGUUGGUGAACGCUGUAUUGAGGCUCCAAAUGGCAGUACCCUACACAUGCAUUUCUGUGAAACACAGCCAACAGGACCAUGGCAGCUAGAUCUUACGACGGGUGUGAUCCGCCAUGAUCGCCAUGAGAAAUGCCUCGAGGCUGGCAGUGGAAAUAAGGUGACUUUGGAGCCAUGUGACCCAUCUAAUGACAAUCAGAAAUGGGUUGUCAACGAGAUCCGACAGUGGAAGUGAUCCCUGUAAUCUCCAUAAUCUCCUACACUUACUGAAGUUAGAAGUAUUCAUCUCAUUAAUAUUUUAUCAUAUUUUGCUCAAUACCCAUGUACAUGAAUGAUAUUUAAGGAUCUGAGAAUUCAUUAUAAGAUCAGAACUCGCCUGUUUGUUAGAAUUUAUCCGAUAUAAUAUUAUAUUAAUUAAAAAACAAUAGAUGUUACUAUAGAUAAAGUUGUUUUAAAUGUAUAAUGGAGAAAUCAGAAAGUUAUGGUAGAAUCUAAAUCAUUUUGACAUACUUAUCUAGUGAGUACAAGAUUUAUUUAAGAAACUGGGAAACUUUCAGUGUAUGAACCUGAAGAAGAACUCAUUCCUUGAUAAUUACUUUGCUAUGAUUGUGUGCUGCAAUCAAGGUGGUAUUCAUGUAUGCCAAUGUUUUUAAAAUCAAUCUUGACCAUUUCUGUUCUUAUGAAGAUCAUCUAAUUAUACAAUGUAUUCUAAUUUUUUUAAGGUCAGUAAAAAGCCAAACCUAUCAGCAAAUAUAUUACAAGCUAUAGUAAUUGUUUUUAAACAAAUUUAUGUAUUUUAAAAAAAAAGAAUAGGGAAAUAUUAAAGAAAUAAGUCUGUUUGUGUUUGCCAUGUGUACUACUUCUGUAAAUUUUCAGCCCAUUUUGGACAGUAUAUGUAUAAGAAAACCCAGGAUAAGAAAAACCUCAAUGAUAGAAUCAUAUGAACAUAUACAUACCUGUUUAGAUGGAAAGAAAGAUCUACUUAUGAACAUUUUUAUAUUUAAUUCAGAGCAGAUGUAAAUAUAAUUUUGUUACAAAUCAUUUGGUGAACUUUACAAAUACUUUUUAAGUAUAAUCUUGGACUUUACAUCACAGUGUUGUUGAUAAUAUAUAUUAAGGUUACAUGUUUAAGAAUGUUAACCUAAUUCAUGAAAGUUGAUAAAAGCAUCUAAAUAAUGUUGAUAUUGUAAUAAUUUUCAGAUAUGUUCGGGCCACUGUGUUGACAGGUGCCAAUUUUAUUUCGCAUUGACAUGUCAGUCGUGUCAAAGUCAACACAAAUUUGGUUACAAGCUACUUCAGUUGUAAAUAAGACUACAGGAUUUUGUAUUACACAAUGAAUUAAAAUUAUGUUUGACGGCAGUUGUACUUCAAAAUACUCCUAAAAACUUUCCAUAGACAUUUGGUUUGUGCAUAUUUAUAUCACACAUAUUAUCUGUCUCAAAAAUCACCAUUUUCCCUCAGACUGUUAUCUCAAAGUUAUAACACUUCUAUGAAAAACACUUAGCUUUUGAAAAAAAAAAAAACGAAAAACAAAAAAUAAUAUCAAUAUCUUAUUGAUUGGUUCAUUUAAUCACAAAGCAAUGUUUUUAUGUAAGGUAUUAAAUUUAAAGCAAAUCCCUACAAUCUCGUAUACAAUUAAUAAAUAAAGAUAUGUUAAAUAAAUAUAUUACACAUGGAUGCAGCUAGACGGUAAAAACACAAUCGAAGAUAAAAUAAUUCAACAAAAUAUGUCAGUUAGCAUGAAAAAGAGAAUAUAAAAAGAAAGCUGAUGAUGUUUCAGCACAAAAUACUAUCAGACUCUGUACUUAGUUAGCAAACUUGAGAUAUUUUACACAUUGACACAAAAACUAACAAUCAUCAUAUGACAUAGUAUGUGCAGAAAUUGACUGGAUUUUAUUUUUUGAGAUUUUGAAAUCACAUCAGUAUUAUCUAUAAUAUGGUACACAGUGACUUAAUGUAGUUGUAUAUUUAUUUAUAAUCAUCAAAACAAAUACCACUUAUAUCCAGUAUUUACGGCCGAGCAAUAAUUAUGGGGAAAUAUUUCUUUAUGGUAUUCUUCAAUGCUUUUGACAUAUAGCUUUUGUGUAUAUCAGUUAGUACUUACAUUAGCAAUAAAUUUUUAACUGAUUUGUCGUAGUAAAUCUAUAUUUAGCUUUCCAGUUUUGUAGCUUCUGCAUUAUUAUCUUUUAAAGUAUUACUGUGUUGAUGUUACAGGAAACAAUUACAUACUGGGAUCCCAGAAUUAUUUAAACAUCCCUUUUGAUGUAGCUGUUACGUGUAUAAAAACAUUCCAUUUCAUAAUUCUGCUGUUCAUGAUAUGAACCUCACACUUGUCUCAUAGAUUUAUUGUACUAGAUAAUAAUUUAUGCUCAUUAAAUUAUAAAUAAAGCAUACACUGAUAAUAUUUAUUUUCACAAAAUUUUUCA